GUAGACAAUGACAGACUUUUCAUUAUCUUUGUUUAGUAACUUUUUAAAAAUCAAAUGUUUAAGAUUAAAGCUAUUUUUGUUUUGCAAGUGGUUUUAGUUCAGUUUCUGCUACAGUAUACUAAUGAUGGCAUAUUACACAAUACAGAAAAGAGGAAGAGACUUUCAGCUUACAUUUGCAUUUCAUUUUUAAAGUUAAGUAAGUUUCCGUUGUCUGUCUUCUGAAUGCUUGAGUUCAGAUACAUCAGAUCCCGAAUGGCUCUUCUUCCUCUAAUCUUUCUGCUCAUGAUUCAGGGAGAUUAUAGUGCUGAUGAUGAGUGGGGUGUGAAUUACAGCUCUUCAUCCAUCUGUGCACUAAAGGGUUCAACAGUGAUAAUAAACUGCACUUAUAAAUACCCUACUGGACGUCAGAUCACGAAAGUGUUCUGGACCAACACUGAUGUUAGACAACCAAAUAAGGAUUUUCCAGAUCUGUCUGAGGACUCUAAAUACAGUCAGAGGUUUAAGUAUCUGGGAGAUAAACAACACAACUGCACCAUGAGACUGACUGAUGUGAGACAGACAGAUUCACACGAAUACUUUUUCAGAUUUACUACUUAUAAAGCUGAUGGGAAAUGGCUUGGAAAACCUGGAGUGACUCUUAAUAUCACAGAUCUUCAGGUGGAGUCUUCAGGUGAGAGAGUGACAGAGGGACAUUCAGUGACUCUUACAUGUAAAAGCAGAUGCAGUCUGACUGACAGAUCAACAUUCAUCUGGUUUAAAUACACACAGUCAUUAAGUGAGAGAACAGACAGAAACAAUCAACUCAUCCUGCAGUCAGUAAGAAGAGAGGAUGCAGGCAACUAUAGCUGUGCUGUACAGGGACACAAACUCACAUCACCUCAUCAAUAUCUCAAUGUCAUCUAUGCUCCAGACAAUCCUGUAAUCUCUGUCAAUCCAUCUGGUGAAAUAGUGGAGGGUGAUUCAGUGAAUCUGACCUGUAGCAGUGAUGCAAAUCCACCUGUUCAUGAGUACAACUGGUUUAAGGAGAAUAAAACUGUUGCAUCUGGCCAAACCUACAUCAUCUCAAAGAUCAGAUCAGAUCACAGUGGAAAAUACAAGUGCAAAUCAAGUAAUGAACUUGGACAAAAAUAUUCAGCAGUGACAUUAAAUGUCUUGUAUUCUCCAAAGAAUGUGACAGCAUCCAUCAGUGGAUCUGGUGAAAUAAUGGAGGGUGAUUCAGUGACUCUGACCUGCAGCAGUGAAUCAAAUCCACCUGUUCAGAUCUACACCUGGUUUAAGGAGAAUGAAACAUCAUCUGUUGGAUCUGGACAGACGUACAGCAUCACUAACAUUAACUCCAGUCACAGUGGAUGGUUUUACUGUGAGGCUCAGAAUGAAGUCGGAUCUCAGAGAUCUGCUGCUGUUUCAGUUACAGUGCUUCAUAGUUAUUAUAAUCUACUUCUUGGGAUCUCAUUGGGAUGCGGAGCAUUAUUUAUUGUCGUCAUCAUAAUAAUUUUGUUUAUAAUGAGAAAACAAAAAGAUGCCAAAACCGAAGAUGCUGCUGGGAAUCAGCAGGGUGACUUCUAUAGCAACGUUCAUGCUUCUGAAUCAGCCCAUUGUGAUGAUCACUACAGCAGUGUUACACCCAAGGGACACAGAACAGAUCAGACAUCUGCAGGAAAAACUCCUGAAUCUGGAGAUCCAGAGGAGAUCCAGUACGCAAGUGUCCACCAUCAAGCGAUCAAAGAGAUGAAGAGUUCAGAAGAGAUUGAAAACCCAUAUGACAAUAUUAGAAAUUACAAACCUGAUGCUGCUGUGAGAUCAAAUGUGGAGGAGACUUCAGUGAUCUACAGCAGUGUAAAAUGAUAGUUGGAGACCAGCGUUCACAAUGUCAAAGUUCAGCAAAAAAAUUAAGAAAAUAAUUCACCAAAAAUGAAUAUUAUGUUGUUGUAUAUUUAAUGCUAGUCAUCCAAUCUUUUAUAUUACCUCAAGUGAACUUCAGAUUCAUUGCAGAUGGAUUGCUGUUGUUUGCUCAAUAGUUUUUACAUGCAUGUUCAUGUGUAUAUGUAGCCUAAGCUCUGGGGAGAAAAAGUUCAUUGUACAUUUCAAGUUCAAGUAAAUUCAUGUAUGGCUUUGUCUUCACUUGACAUUCAAAUAAACACAAUGUAACUGUAGCUGAGCAUGAUGCUUGCAACACCACAUGUGUGGGUUCAAUUCUAGUCAACAUGCAUAUUGAUUUAAAGGGGACAUAUUAUGAAAAUCGGACUUUUUCCAUGUUUAACUGCUAUAAAUGUGUCCCCAGUGCUUCUAUCAACCUAGAAAAUGUGAAAAAGAUCCACCCAGUAACUUAGUUUUGGUAAACCAUUUUCUGCAAGCAUGUGAAAAAAUAGGUCAUUGUAAUUUGGCCCUUAUUGUGAUGUCAGAAUAAGGUAAUACCGCCCCCUUUAUCUGCACUAUCCAACCACAGCACAGCUAUUUAGUACCAAGAGAAAGAGAGAGAGAGAAAAUAAUUCACAGCACAAUUGAGUUUCAAUUGCAACAAACCACCAUCAUUGUGAUCAGUGGUUGCACUUCAUCCGCUCAUUUGCAUUUUAAAUGACACACCCAAAACGGCACACUUUUGCUCAGACCUAGAUUAAGACUUAGUUUACAUCUAAAAAAAAUCUCAUAAUAUGUCCCCUUUAAU